AAAUUCAAAUGUAUUAGGUUUUGUUGGCUUCAGGCUUCAGCAAGGCAUAUGGACUUUUUUUUUGUAACGUUGUAACACUUUGCUGAAAAGAUACUCACAAAGUGCUGGUGUCAUAUUCACAUAUGAUUAUGAUUAUAAGAGUGUUUUUGUUUUCAAGCUAAAUGGUAUUCUGAAAAGCUGGUGAAGAAUUGUUUUAAAACGGGACAAACUGCUCUGGUUCAGAUUAAAGGCACUUGCGCAAUUGAGUGGAAGAUAAUGUCUUCAUGGUUCAAGGUUCAUGGCCAACCUAUGGGUUAGCCUUGAGAGAAGUGCGCUGCAGUUCAAUUGUGCACAUUUUGGACACAAACAUGAAUCUAACAGCAGAAAGCCACAGAAUCCCUCUGAGUGAUGGUAACAGUAUUCCACUCCUGGGACUGGGCACCUAUGGGGACCCUCGAACGACACCCAAAGGCACUGCACGUGACUGUGUCAAGUUGGCCAUAGAUGUGGGCUACAGGCACUUUGAUGGGGCAUUGGUAUAUUUCAAUGAGCAUGAAGUGGGUCAGGCCAUUAGGGAGAAGAUAGCUGAUGGAACCGUUAGAAGAGAGGACAUCUUUUACUGCGGAAAGCUCUGGAAUACCUUCCAUCCACCAGAGUUGGUGAGACCAGCCUUAGAGAGGACAUUGAAAGCCUUAAAACUUGACUAUGUGGAUCUCUACAUCAUUGAGCUUCCAAUGGCCUUCAAGCCUGGAAAUGCCUUUUAUCCAAAGGACCAAGAUGGAAACUACAUCUACCACCACACAGAUCUCUGUGCAACAUGGGAGGCUUUAGAGGCUUGCAAAGAUGCUGGACUGGUUAAGUCCCUGGGAGUCUCCAACUUCAAUCGCAGGCAGCUGGAGCUGCUUCUGAAUAAACCUGGUCUCAAACACAAACCUGUAUCCAACCAGGUCGAAUGCCACCCAUAUUUCACACAACCAAAACUUCUGGAGUACUGUCGUCAGCAUGACAUCGUGAUUGUUGGCUAUUGCCCAAUUGGCUCCUCCAGAGAUGCAUCUUGGGUGAAUUUGAAAUGUCCUCCUCUGCUGGACGAUGAGGUGCUUGUAUCCAUUGGGAAAAAAUACAACAAAAGUAGUGCCCAGGUGGCCCUGCGCUUCAACAUACAGAGAGGAGUUGUAGUGAUCCCAAAGAGCUUCAACCCUGAGCGGAUCAAACAUAACUUCCAGAUAUUUGAUUUUUCACUGACUGAGGAAGAAAUGAAAGCCAUUGAAGCACUGAACAAAAAUAUUCGGUUUGUUGAGUUGCUGAUGUGGAGUGAUCAUCCAGAGUACCCCUUUCAUGAUGAAUACUGACCUUUGUAACUUUUACAUGAUGUACUUGAUUUUUAAGAAAGAUGGAAUAAAUAACAGAGAAAUAAAAGUUGACACUUUUGUUGACAUCAGCUUAGUUUAGUUUGCUACCAGUUUGGUACAUUUUCCACUCUAAACACUAGAGGUCUCUAGCUCACAGUGGAUUAAAAGAAGUCUAACAGGCCCAUAAUUCAUUGUUAAUUCCACCAGCAUAAACAGAAGCUGACACUAAAUCAAAUGAACAUUUAAGACUAAGACCUUGAGCCACCCUUUAUUUCUUUAGAUUUGCAAUCAAGGAGCCAGACUUUUUUUUUCAAAUUUUUUAAAGUGGUCUCGAGCAAUAGUUCUCCAAACUUUCUGCAGGUCUUUCAAAGUUUUUCUUUAGACAUUGGAUAAUUUAAAAUCAUUUUUAGUCCAGUACCAUUUUCACAGGAAUGUAUCUUUCGGCACUUUGUUACUAGUAGCCUGUCACAAAAAUUCAUGAUUUGUUUGUGUCCAGUGAUAGCACGAUACAAUAGUACUAACGACAAAAGAUGAAAUACUAUUUUGCACCAAUACAAUGAUAGCCAAAGAGCUAUUGGCAAAACAUUUGGCAUACCUCAGCAUGCCAUGUGCUGUGUCCUUAGAAAAUCUGAGGAAACUGGGUGAGGAGAGGACAAAAGAAAAACAAGGCCUAAAAAAACUAUUGACAGCAAAAAUCUGUCUAAAAGUCAUGUCUUCACGAAUAGGAAAAUAUCAAGUAAAUGCCUGACAUAGACCUGAGAGAUGCAUCCGGCCCUUCAGUUUUUAUCAAGUCUCAUCAAAAAUGUUCUCAGUGGAAGAGUGGCUGUCAAGAAGCCAUUCUUAUUAAUCAGAAUCAGAA